UUUAACAUUCUUCACUUGGACAGUGGCUUUGCAUAUUUUUUAUCUACAUGAAACUAAAAAGUGCACCAACAUUAGCUAUGCAAAUUCAUGUGAGUACAGGGGCGAAUGCUUUAGUAAGCGGGCCCAGCUUCAGCUGGGUGAAAUUUUUUAGGUAAAAGUAAAAAAAAAUUUACCGCUGGGUAAAAAGACAGAAAAGCUAAAUAUUAGUUUCAUAUUAAACAUUUUGUGAGUUAUAUCUGGACUCUGGAGAGAGCAGACUUGGAAGUGAGCAGAGCACCGAACAGACUACGGAGAAGCUGGCUUUGUACAACUUGAUUUGGGCAUCCAAAUUCACAUCCAAACACAGAUAUUCAUCAUUGGAUUAAGGUUUUAACUUUUAAGGAUGUGUGAUCAACAACCCAAGAAACGAAUGAAGUCACUCUUUUCUUUCUACAAGAAAGGUAGUGAUAUACAAGCACCUGAAAGGUAGUCACUCUUUUUAAGAAUGAGGUUUUGACACUUCCUGUUUCUACUGCUACUACUGAGCGGGCCUUCUCUGCGAUGAAAAUUAUAAAAACAAGACUGAGAAAUAAGAUGGAAGACGGAUAUCUUUCGAGUUGUAUGAUGCUUCACAUUGAAAAAGAAUAUGUCGAUGAUAUUGAUUCAGAGGCUGUAAUUGAUCACUUUGAGUCCACAGGAGAUCGUAGAGCUCAGUUCAAAUGAGAAUCAUGGUAUACAUUUUAUGCAAGUUUCGUCAAAAUCUCCGAGACCCUAUAUAUUACAAUGAAAUCUCUGAGACCUUAUAUCAAGACUUAGCAAGCCGAGUUCAUCGUCAUCAACUGAUAAAGAACGAGGAUUAUCAUGCUCGUGAAGGCGAUCUCUGUUAUGGCUGCGGUCUACUCCUGCAUGAAUCAUCGUCUAUUUAUCAUUGUACCUACUUCGGUACCAAUGCUGAAGAAGAUGAUUGUGCUCAUGUUUUAAUUCACAAAACCUGUGCACAUUUACCCACAAAGCUUGAGCAUCCAAGCCACAAACAUGAGCUAGAAUUAUCUGAACGUCCACUAUCCUUUCCUAUUUCCAGAGACAAAUGUGAUGUUUGUGGCAUCACGUUGAAAUGGUUCACUUACUAUUGCGGUUUCUAUAAGUCUGAAUUUCAAAUUUGUCUGGCAUGUAUUAUACCUUUUAAUAAAAUUACUAUACACCCUCCGUAUCAUCCUCACAAGCUAACCUUUCUAGCUAACCUAGCAACUUUCCGAUGUGAUGGCUGCCAUGAGGUGGAUACUGACUUUUCUUAUAUGUGCUACACAUGCCCCUUCUGGAUCCACCUCAAGUGCAGUAAUCUACCACCAUUGUUAGCCUGUGAUAUUCACCAUAAGCAUCCUCUUAGGCUAACAUAUUCUUUACCAGAAAAUUACCGUAGAUUUCAACAGUCUUGCAGAAUCUGUAGACAACAUUUGCGUGACCCUAGAGAUUGGCUCUACCACUGUCCAGACUGCAGAUUCUUUGCGCACAUCAAAUGUGCUACAUCACCUCCAAAAAGCCAUGGUGACACCAAGUAUGCCAAUCAAGAUUAUUCAAUACAUAAAUCAUUAUCAGGUCUUGUGCAACUCCCACUGCCAGAGCAUGAAUCGUUGUUGCGGCAUUGUAUCAAGGGAAGUACAUUAUGGCCGAAGGAUGCUGCCCUGACACCUCCUGAUCAGAUCAACCACUGGAGCCACGAACAUAAACUUUUACUAAAAAAUCCAACUGUUGCAAGUACUACUUCUGAAGAAGAAAUAUGGCCUAUCUGUAACGGGUGCACUGAAUCUAUCACCAUAAAAGAUGGUGCAUUUUAUGAAUGUGGAGAAUGUGAUUACAUUCUCCACGGAUACUGUGCCCACUUUCCACAAGAGAUGUCUGACCGUGCAGGAUAUAGACGCAAGAUAGUGGCAAUUCAACCCAGGGUCCAUGAUAUCUGGUCUUGCGCUCGUUGUAAAGGUUUUAGAAAUGGGACACAAAUGCGAUACACUUAUGAAGGCGAUUAUGCACAGAAAAGUACAAUUGAGCGCAAUUUUGACAGUGCUUGUGUUAUUCUACCUGAACGCAUCGUACACAAAGCUCAUCAACACAAAAGUCGUCCUAACUUCUUUUUUCGUGCAUCAGCUGGUGAAAACACUACUUGUUCAGCGUGCAACCAAACACUAGACGGGUUUGACAUCUGUUAUGCAUGUAAUGGUUUUGAAUGUUUUAGAUGCAUACAUAUCGAAUGUGCUCUUAAGCCACUUAGAGUGACACAUCGAUGGGAUCCUCACCCCCUUCACUUGAUAACUUCCGCAGAAGAAGUAAUAGAUCAUCCUCAUGAAUUCCAAUGUGAAUUUUGCUCAGAAGAGAUUGACACGAACUAUUGGUUCUACCAUUGCAAUGUUUGUGAUUUGUCCUUUCAUUUUAAAGGAUGCAUCGAUCCGUUUCCCUACUCAAAGGUCAAGUUUGGGGCUACCAAUAUUAUGCUUGACGCUCACCAGCACGGCCUCACCUUUGUUCUUAAUAAAAAGAAACACCAACCAUGUCAUAGAUGCCAUAAAGAUACAUUCGGUAGGCCGGUCCUUGAGUGCAUACCAUGUAAAUUCGUGCAACACGCCCAGCCUGAGUUAUGCACUUGAUGUUAAUUUGUAAAUGUUCUGAUUGUUUGCGUGUAUUUCACAUUUGUACCUGAAUGAAAAAUUUGCUUGCUUUGUUGUCUGAA